AGAGUUAGUAAAAAGAAUCUUUGAUGUGGUUUUAGAAAAACUUGAAGUUGAACGAACGAUGAUGGUAUAGUCUAAAAUAGUUGUGCCCGCUAAAAAAGCGGUGGAAAUAGGAAGCCGUUAGGACUGGUGGUGGCUUCUUUAGGGAGAGAGAGACGGAGAUGAGAGAUAGCCAGAGGGGGUGGCUGAGAUUUGUAAGAAUGAGAGGAAUGUAAAUUAAGAAGAAAAGAAAAUUCCCAAGGCUAUGGCCAAUUGAUCUCACUUCAUUCGCUGACCCGGAGGGGGAAACGAAAACCCGCCCAUUCACAACAACGCAAGUGGCGUGGGUUUUUGCGAAAGAAAGGAGAUCAUUGUGCAAUAACACCGAUCUGGCCGCCGUCUGGGAAUUUUAAGCCGUUAUGAGUAGCCGCAACAGCCACUCUCCCUCCGAUCCUUUGGCCGUGGCUGUUGAACCUUCCAAGCCUAAACCCAGAAGGCUCUACCAAGUCUGGAAGGGAAACAAUAAAUUUCUAUGUGGGGGGCGAUUAGUCUUUGGUCGGGAUGCAAAGUCUCUCUUUUUAACGACAUUCAUGAUUGGAGGUCCUGCACUGUUGUUCUGCAUAAGAAUGCUUUUAACGUUUAAAGAUGAUCCUCGCUUUAGCCGUCCUGUACUGAUUGGAGGACUGGUGCUCACAUUUUUGGAUUUUACUUUUUUGUCCUUGACAUCUUGUAGAGAUCCAGGAAUUAUCCCCAGAAAUUCACGUGUACUUGAAGCAGAUGAAUCGCUUGACAUAAAUACAGCAUCUAUGGAGUGGUUAAAUUAUAAUUCCAACAGUCUGAAAUUACCUAGAAUGAAGGAUGUGAAGGUCAAUGGCCAUACAGUGAAAGUGAAGUUCUGUGAUACUUGCUUGCUGUAUCGUCCACCGCGGGCUUCACAUUGCUCUAUCUGCAACAACUGUGUACAGAAGUUUGAUCACCAUUGCCCAUGGGUUGGUCAGUGUAUUGCAGUGCGAAACUAUCCCUUCUUCGUUUUGUUCAUAUCAUCAACAACCUUGUUGUGUAUAUAUGUAUUUGUUUUUUCUUGGAUUAACAUCGGUCGGAAAAAGGGCAAGUUUGGGCACAACAUGGCACAUGAUGCUAUAUCAAUUAUUCUCAUUGUAUAUUGCUUCAUAGUCAUCUGGUUUGUGGGCGGGCUCACAGUUUUCCAUCUUUAUUUGAUCUCGACCAACCAGACAACUUAUGAGAAUUUCCGGUACCGCUAUGAUAAGAAGGAAAACCCAUAUAGAAAGGGAAUAAUCAAGAACUUUUUAGAAUUGUCCUUUUCAAAGAUUCCACCUUCAGUGAUCAAUUUCAGAGCUUGGGUUGCAGAAGAUGAUACAGAAAGUGAAUCUGUUACAUCAGAUCUUGAAAAAAGCUUUAUGAACUCAAAACAAAAAUUUAACAUGGACAUGGGAGCGAAGAAUGGCAAGGAUGGUGACAAGCGACUUCCUAGUAUUCUACAAGAUUUGGAUUACAAUGGUAUUGAUAAUAUGAAGAAGCCAAAAGAUAAAGAAGCACCAUUUGACAUUUUCGUUCAUGCUGAUCAAGAUUCAAAAUAUCCACGAUGGAAUUCCAAAGUAGGAGUAGAUGCUGAACGUGAUAAACCGGACCAGUAGCUCCUGCUGAUUGCACAGCUGGCUCUUCAAAGACAAAGGUCCAGUCGAGCAUAUUGUGAAGAGAUUUGUGGAUAGUGGAUUUUAAUGUUAGAAUGCAGAUUUUGCAGAUGGGUGAGGUGACAAUAUGGUUUUGAAUAGAUAAUGAGAUGAAGUUAUAUGACAGCGAAACAUUCCUCUGUUCACUGCAUGAAAGCUUGAGGUUGACAAGUUACUGUAAAUUGGCUCGUCCAACUCAUGACAGUGCGGGACAUGCGAGGGCUAUAACUAUGACGCAUUGGUCUACCUCUUCCCGGGUUCUCUGAGAAGGCAUUUCAGCUCUGGCUUGCUUUUUUGGGUUUGGAUAUCUGAGAAAAUAUAGAUUAUGUUUAUAAAUUUUUUGGUAGAUCAAAGCCAAGCCUAUGAAAAGCAUUCCCACAAUUCGAGAAGAAAAAAACUAGUUGAUAUGUGGACAUGAUGUUCCUCUUUUUGUUCACUUAAGUACUUGAGUGUCUUUUUUUA